AUGGCCGUGUAUAUGCCAGUUCCAUUUGGUUCCACCGCUCGGCGCCAGUUCACCCGUCUCGGUGCUGCCAAGCUAGACAGCAGCGUCUGGUGGCCCAGGCAACCGAGUCACAGUCAGGAUGGAGCCAAGGUACAGCUCGGCUGCAAGGCUCCUUUCCGGAAACCAAGACUUGUACCAGAUGGAGCGCGCGCUCCUGGUCUCCCGCAACGCUCUUGCGGUUCAAAGUCCGCUUUGGAGAGGUCGGGAUGCAGGACGGUCCCUGUGGGGAGGCAGCGCUGGGAAGGACCUGUGGGCCUGGAGGCGCGGGGCUCAGCGCUCCACAGGGUCCGGAGAAGAAAAACUCGGAGACUGCAAGGCCACCUCCUCGUCGCCGUCACCGCAAAACUGGAGCUGGAAGCGGAGUCCGGUGGGGCCGGACCCCCGGCUGCUGCGCAGCAGCUCCUCCAGGCCUCGGCCCCGGAGCCUGAGCCGAAGGCAGUGGCGGUGCCCCGGACAGGGAGCGCGCUGCGCUGGCUCACCACCGCGGUCCUGUAUGCCUCCUUCCUGGGGAUGGGACUGAUUGCUGCUGUGCUGGGACCCACAUUUCAAGAUUUGGCAAGAAAUGUGAACCAAAAUAUGAGCAGUCUCUCUCAAAUAUUUGUGGGUCGUGCUUUGGGAUAUUUAGGUGGCUGCGCUCUUGGUGGAGUUCUUUUUGAUCGUGUCAAUCACUUUUUACUUUUAGGGGUGCUGAUGUUGGCUACCUCCGUUGCUCACUAUCUCAUUCCUCUUUGCAAGACCGCAGCAUUACUGAUUGUCAUGAUGUGUGUCACGGGUAUCGGAACCGGUGUUCUGGAUACAGGUGGGAACAUCCUUAUCUUGAUUCUAUGGGGAGACCAAGGAGCCCCACACAUGCAGGCCUUACACUUCAGUUUUGCCUUGGGUGCAUUUUUGACUCCUCUUCUGGCAAAAGUGGCCCUGGGGACAAGGACAACAGUGUCAGCUGAAAACCACACAGAGCUCGACCUUCACCCUCCAGCCCUGAACCAAUCACUUGAAGCUGACCCAGACCUUCUGUUCGCAGCACCUGAUGACUUGAACUUACUGUGGGCUUACGCUUUUAUUAGCACUUACAUCUUUAUAAUUUCUGUCUUCUUGUUGGCUCUGUUUUUCAACAAAAGCUCAAGGCACCAUAAGUCCACUGCAUCUGCUCAGGCAUCUCGAAGAGCUAAGCAUCACAAGGCCCUGCUCUGCCUCCUUUUUCUGUUCUUCUUUUUUUACGUUGGAGCUGAGGUAACCUACAGCUCUUACAUUUUCUCAUUUGCAACCACCCAUGUUGGCAUGGAGGAAAGCGAAGCAGCUGGGCUGAACUCCAUCUUCUGGGGGACGUUCGCAGCCUGCAGGGGCCUGGCGAUCUUCUUUGCUACGUGUUUACAGCCUGGAACCAUGAUUGUGCUGAGCAACACUGGCAGCCUGGUCUCAUGCUUAUUUCUGGUGCUUUUUAACAAGAGCCCGAUUUGUCUCUGGAUCGCGAGUUCCGUGUAUGGGGCCUCCAUGGCUGCCACCUUUCCCAGUGGUGUUUCUUGGCUUGAGCAGUACACGAGCAUAAGUGGGAUUUCUGCAGCAUUUAUUCUAAUUGGUGCUGCCCUAGGGGUGAUGGCUAUUCCUGCAGGAGCAGGUAUUCUUCAAGGACAAUACCCAGAUCUGCCAGUAGUUCUAUAUACCUGUUUGGGGUCAACAAUAUUCAUUAUUGUUUUAUUUGCUGUGAUGUAUAAGUUAGCCACCAUUUCUGUCUAUCACCAGCCAAAUAAAAAUAUCAAAAGUGAGAAGCAGAAAGCUUUGUCCUCUAGUUCAAGACUAGGAGGAGGAAAAUAUGUAGAGGAAUGUAAUGAGGUGGUGUGAAUUGAUUAAAUGCGUGGUGUGAUGUGGCAUUUUAUAACAUGUAAACAUAUAGCAAUAGUUUAAUGGAGGCCACAAAUGAAAUCCCCAACUAAUUCCUCUCAAUUGCAGUAAUGUUUGAGUUUUCAGCUAUUAUUGGAAUUGUCUUGUAGAGUCCUUUGUCAGAAAUCAGGAUGAAAAUAAAUAUAUUUGCUUAAAAAAAAAAGAAAUCAGGAUGAAAGGAACUAAUUCUUAGAGAAGAUGGAUUACUUAUUGAUUUUCUUGAAUAAUCACCUUUCUUAAAAAGGCCAGGCAGAGCAGAGAUUAGCAGAUUUUCAUCAUGUUUUGCAGAUCCGAGUUUCUAUAUCCAUCUAUAGCAAGUACUAAAUUUUGAACAUUUGGCAUUGAAUCCAGGGUUUUCUUUUUUCUUUUCUUUUCUUUUCUUUUCUUUU